AUAAACCGCCAUGAUAUCAACUGAAGUCCACCGACCGCCUUUGCACCACCGUGUUCCGACGGCCUUCGGCGGCGAACACCCAUCGCCGACAGCAGCCUGACGGUCCGACCACCCUGUGUCAUCAUCUCUGACCUCUCAAUUUGGAGAAACUGGCGAAAUAAGUGAGGGGUUUUGUCGAAUUUGCUACUUUUAUUGGCUGCUGAAAUGGUUAUUAUUUAAAGACCUGUAUAAAUCGCUUUUUAUUAAACGGUUUCGAUCAUAGUUGAUACUUGAUACCAGCCUUACCCUCUUCACAAAUUCCUAGAAAUUCAUACCCUGAAAUCAAAAUGUCCGAUCACAUACCUUUCGACAUUCAAGUGGAAAUCAUUAAAAGGCUUCCUAUAAGAUCAUUGAUUCGGGUCAGAUCUGUUUCAAAAGUAUGGAAAUCUGUGAUCGAGUCGUCUGAUUUCAUUGUUGAUUACACUGUCCACAACCAUGAUCAACCGCAACAUUUGCUUAUAAGGUACGACAAUCUGUACUCUGAGGAAACAUAUGUUUCGAUUGUAGAUGAUGAUACGUUCCCACAAAACAAGGUUUCCAUUAUUGUUCCUCCGUCUGUUAACCUACUUUGGGAUUCAUUUGUCGUCGGUGCUUCUCAUGGAUUGGUAUGCUUGUUCGGUUAUUAUCGAAAUCAUGAUGAUGCUGAAUAUUAUUCUGGUACGGCUAUGGCUGUUCUUUGGAAUCCGUCGAUUAGAAAAUCAGUUGCUAUUGCUGUACCUGAUGUAGAUUGGCCUGCAGGAACUAAUUUUGGUUUUGGGGUUUGUCCUGCAACUAGUGACCCUAAGAUUGUAAAGAUUACUGAUACGCAUACGCAUAAGAGGAUGAAAGGUGUAAGUUGCAGCAGGCAUUGGCUGGUUGAGGUUUUUAGUUUGAGCUCAAGGGUUUGGAGAAGUUCAGUUGGUAAUCUAUCUGAUAAUUUGUUUGAAAUUAAAUGGCCUCACUCUCAGGUAAUUAUAGAUGGUUCGGUUUAUUGGUUUGGUACUAAAAUAAGUACCAGUGAUACUAAAUUUGAGCUUUUUAUUUCAUUUGAUUUGUCAACUGAAGAAUUUAGAGAGAUAUACCUCCCAAAUACGUUAGCAUUUCACGAUCCGAUGUACAUGUAUUUAUUUAAGCUAUGUGAUUCUCUUAUUGUGCUUCAAGAGUGGUCAAUGAACGGUAUAUAUAAAGUAUGGAUGAUGGAUAAUGGUGAUUCAAAAUCAUUUACAAAUCUUUGCAACGUUAACAUACCGAAUUUGUCAAGUUGUCCACUGGAGUUUAGGAGGAAUGGUGAACUUAUGAUGAGAUUAACAGAUGACAGCGAUGCACUUAUAGUUUAUAACCCCUUCUUAGAACACAUGAAUGAUCUUGGGAUUGAAGGCCAGUGUUAUUCAUCACUCGUGAGCUCGUACACAGAAUCUUUAAUUUUGCUUGAUCAGGCAGAUACAUUAGUUGAUGACGAGGAUGAUGAAGAGACGAUUGUUUGACCUUUCUCUUUGGUGUUUAGUGAACCCAACUCUAGUCCAAACCUCUCAAGGGUCCAUUGAGCCACCUAGGAUGUUGGGCCCACACACAGGUUUCAGCUUCAUUGACCCCAUUGCACCUGUCAACAUGUCUCAUGCUUCAAGUCUAGAAUCUUAUACACCAAAAUUCCGGAAAACAAAACCUGACCCCGCGACAAUGAGCAGUUGAUUACCACAACUGUGAGAAUUACAUAACAUUUUUGCAUUUGUUCUAAUUGUAACCGUAUAACCGAUUUUCUUUCUCCCUUUUGUUACAUUUGGGCAGUAUUAUGUUCAAUUGCUUAUCUGGUUUUCAAGGUUUUCUACUUAAAAUUGUGUCGGUAACUAAAGCGCCCAUUCAAUAUGGAGAAACAUGUACUUUAGGAAUCCUAGAUUUUGGGUUUAAUUUGUGGUGAAUUGAUGACAGUUUAUUCUAGUGAAUGCAUGUUCUGGCG